AGUCCACGCGCCGAAAGUAGGUUACAGCAGCGAGCGAAAAAAGACAUUGAGCUCUAAUCCAGGAAAGAAGUGGGAAGACCAAGAGUUCGCUACAAUAUUUUAUUGCAUACAGUCCACGCUGAAUUACAGGAAGAAUACUUAUGCUACACGGAGUAAAUACGGAAACAAUCUUACUAAUAACCUAUUCGUUUGAUAUUUUGUUUGUUUCACAGACCAGCUAUUAGAAAACAUAUGAGAUUUUUUUAUUUAUUUUUAUUUAACAGCUCCUUUUUGGAGUGAAAAAGCGUAGAUCAUAUUUAUAUUCCUCCAUUUUAUUUUCAUUAGCCUACCUGCAGAUUUAUGACAAAAAAAUUAUACAGCAAGAAUAUGAGAGCACAAAUUGAAGUAAUACCCUGCAAGAUCUGUGGGGACAAGUCAUCAGGGAUCCACUAUGGCGUAAUCACCUGUGAAGGCUGCAAGGGUUUCUUCAGACGCAGCCAGCAGAACAAUGCUAUGUACUCCUGCUCCCGGCAGAGGAACUGUCUGAUUGACCGCACCAAUCGGAAUCGCUGCCAACACUGCCGGCUGCAGAAGUGCCUGGCCCUGGGCAUGAGCCGUGAUGCGGUGAAGUUUGGCCGCAUGUCCAAAAAGCAGAGAGACAGCCUGUAUGCUGAGGUCCAGAAACACCAGGCGUCCCAGGAGUUAGCUGCCGCCCGCAAGGAGGGAGCCGAGGUUGAAGGUCAUGGCCGGGCAUACAGCAGAGGCUCCAGUGCCGCCCUCAGCGACCUUGACGACAUCGCCACCCUGCCGGACGGCCUGCUGUUCGACCUGCCCCUGACACCAGAGGGCGGCGAAAGAGAGUACUGCAAUCUGGAGAUGAUGGGGGGCAGCAGCUCGUCCUCUCAGAGCUCGCCCGAACAGAACGGACUAGACUUCAGAGAUGGCAACCACCACAUCAAGCACGAGUACCAGCUGCUGCACGAGUCCAGCCUAUUCACGCACACGCUGCUCAACACUCUACCGGAGGGGUUCUCAAUACUUGAGAUCGAGCGUAUAACUGCUAGUGUGGUAAAGUCUCACAUAGAGACCAGUCAGUACGGCAGUGAGGAGCUGAAGAGACUUUUCUGGUCCCUGUACACCCCUGAGGAGACACGCAGCUUCCAGAGCAAGUCUGCGGAAGUCAUGUGGCAGCAUUGUGCCAUCCACCUCACCAAUGCCAUCCAGUACGUGGUGGAGUUUGCCAAGCGCAUCACUGGAUUCCUUGAUCUGUGUCAGAACGACCAGAUCAUUCUUCUCAAAGCAGGAUGUCUGGAUGUGCUUCUGAUUCGCAUGUGUCGCGCCUACAACCCCAUCAACAACACUGUUCUGUUUGAUGGCAAGUUUGCCAGCGCACAGACCUUCAAAGCUCUUGGUUGUGAUGACCUUGUGGCUGCCGUGUUUGACCUGGCCAAGAGCCUGAACCGUAUGCAGCUCUCUGAAGAGGAAAUGGCUCUCUUCAGUGCUGCUGUUCUCCUGUCACCAGACCGACCAUGGUUGAAAGACACCCAACAGGUGCAGAAGCUUCAAGAGAAAGUAUAUCUCUCUCUGCAGCAUUGUCUACACAGAUGUGGCUCAUCAGAGGAGAAACUGGCAAAGAUGGUGUCCAAGCUUCCCAUGAUGAAGUCCAUCUGCAAUCUCCACAUUGACAAGCUCAAGUUUUUCCGUCUCCUCCACCCGGAGACGACAUACAAUUUCCCCCCUCUGUACCGUGAGGUGUUCAGCAGUGAAAUCACCUUCCCAGACUCCACAAUGGGCUAAAAAUCUGUUCAGAUAUGAAAGUGAUUCAUAUAGAGACAGAAAGAUGUAGGGAAGGAGAGGUAGAGAGGGAGAGGAACGUGGCAACAGCGAAGCAACCAGCAGAUCAGUGAAAAUCUUGCACGCUACACUUUAGGACACACUACUCUCACCUCAGAACUCCACUCUAUGGAGUCGCUUGGACUGUAAGCCAGUCCAGGCUACAAAAUUCAACACUAGGUGCUGGGUACUAUGCGCAUGCUACUUAUUUUUGUUGUUGACUAAAACGGUUCUGAGAAUGUAAUUUCGCAUUCUCAGAUGGUUUUUCAAAAGGAGCUUGAGAUCUCCCUUAAGCUAAAGUCCUCUGUAAAACGAGGAUGACUUCUUUGAAUGUACCCCACAGACAUGCAGCACAGCCCUAGGCUUGAGACAGAAUGUACUAUAUACAGUGAGGGAAAAAAGUAUUUGAUCCCCUGCUGAUUUUGUACGUUUGCCCACCGACAAAGACAU